CAGGUAUAUUUAUCUCGUAUAUUCAUGCAGGUGGUCCGGCUGAUAAAAGUGCCAGUUUGCAAAGAGGUGAUCGUAUUAUGUCAGUGAAUCAGAUUGAUUUGAGAAGAGCAUUGCAUGAAGACGCAGUCAAUGUAAUAAAAGGUUGCGGUGAUACAGCCGAUAUGAUUGUUUCAUAUAGACCAAAUGAUAAGACACGAAACUAA